CAAAUACUUGAAAUAAAAUGAAUUGAGUUAGAAUAACAAUGGAAGGUGUCAUAUCAAGGUAAGGUUUUUUGGUUACUGGUCCUACCUCUGCACCGUAUCACACAUUGGCCCUGUUUUUGUUUCGGACGAAAAAUUCCUUUCCUUUACCGUAAAAACGGUAGUGUUUGUUUGAUCUCACUCAACAAAAGGAAGAGAGAGAGAGAGAGAGAGUGAGUGUGUGUGUGUGUGUGUGAGAGAGAGAGAGAGAGACUCAGUUCCUUGAUAGUCCCAAUCGUUUUUCCGUAAUAGCGUACAUAUCCAUCCUCUAUGUUCAUGCCCACCAGUUGUUUGUUGAAAUUCCCACGCCAGCUCGAUUGCCUUCCAAUUCCUUCCGAGAAACAUAUUGCUCUCUCAUGUAAUACAAAAUCUCAGCAACCUCACAUUUGAAUUCCUCAAUCAUCCAAAAUUGAGACAUGGAGAGCUUAAUUUCAUCCCGUUGUCUGCUUCCUGUCUCAGAAAUGCAUGUUUUUCGUGGGGUCAAACGGUUCAGCAGAGCUGCAUUUGACACGCACCCAUCAAGCAUAUGUAGAAUAUUGUUGAUGGCACAAUCUAGUACCAGAAUUUACCAUCGAAAACUGCCCAAGAACCUUCGUUAUCCUCGACGCACCAAACUUCCACCAGACGUCGGGGUUAACACCUUCUUCAAAAAGGACACGCUCAAUGUCACCGAUACCACUUCACAUACAGAUUUGAUUCAAAAUGGACCACCUGAUUCUAUUGACAAGAGUCUUGGGCCUGAUGGGCAGUAUGACACUGAAACUGAGGAUAGUGAAGACGAAGAGGAACAAAAGGAAGAAGAAGAUGAUGAUACAGUUUGGGAACAAGAUGAGAUUGAAGCAAUCUCAUCUCUCUUUAGAGGAAGGAUUCCUCAAAAACCUGGAAAAUUGAGUAGGGACAGGCCUCUUCCACUCCCACUUCCGUACAAGCUUCGACCUUUGGGACUUCCCACACCGAAGAAACGAGCUUCUUCAGCUGCAAUUUCUUCUCGGCAAUCAUUAUCCAAGCAAGUAUACAAGAACCCGAGUAUUUUAAUUAAUCUGGCCAAGGAAAUUAGAAACCUUCCCUCUGAGGAAGAUGCAUCUGUUGUUCUAAAGAAGUGGGUUCCAUUCCUGCGAAAGGGGUCCUUAUCAUUGACAAUCCGGGAGUUAGGACACAUGGGUCUUCCAGACCGUGCUCUGCAGACGUUCUCCUGGGCUCAGAAGCAACCUCAACUAUUCCCGGAUGAUCGGAUUCUGGCUUCAACUGUUGAGGUCUUAGCAAGGACUCGUGAGUUAAAAUUGCCAUUCGACCUUGAGAAGUUCACGAGCUUGGCUAGUCGGACUGUGAUUGAGGCAAUGAUAAGGGGGUUCAUUAAAGGAGGAAGCUUCAAACUUGCCUGGAGGCUUCUUCUACUUGCCAAGGAUGGUAAAAGAAUGUUGGGUUCCAGCAUAUAUGCUAAAUUUAUACUAGAACUAGGAAAGAACACAGAUAAGGAGAUGCUGGUAUUGACCUUAUUAGAAGAACUCGGAGAAAGAGAAGAUCUGAAUUUAAGCCAGCAGGACUGUACAUCUAUCAUGAAAGUCUGUGUAAAGCUUGGGAAAUUUGAAAUAGCGGAGAGUCUUUUUAACUGGUUCAAACAAUCCGGGGAUGGUCCAAGUGUGGUUAUGUACACUACCAUGAUUCAUAGCCAUUAUUCAGCGAAUAAAUACAGGGAGGCAUUGACACUGGUCUGGGAAAUGGAAGGUUCAAAUUGUCUAUUUGAUCUUCCUGCUUAUCGCGUGGUAAUAAAGCUUUUAGUUGCUUUGAAUGAUCUCCCAAGGACUGUUAGAUAUUUCUCCAAACUUAAGGAGGCAGGUCUCACUCCAACAUAUGACAUUUACCGGGACUUGUUCACGAUCUACAAGGUCUCUGGGAGAGUGUCGAAGUGUAAAGAGGUAUGCAGGGAGGCCGAAAUGGCAGGUUUCAUAUUGGAUAAGCAAAUGAGGUCAGAGUUGUUGCAACUUCAACGUAAAUCAGGUUAGGGGUUUCAGAUAACUAGUUAAAUGUAAUUAUCGAUUACAUGUGAUUUUUAUUUUUGAAUGUAUUUGGUGUCCAAAAAGUUUUCUUGGUGGUUUCUGGGUGCAGUAAAUCUCACACCUUAUGCUCAUAUACCCGAUUUUAUAGUCGUCUGUUGGAUCCUUGAUUCCGGUGUUACCACCGAUAGCUCAGAUUCUUCUGGUAUUCAUGUUUAUGACAUAAUAUAUGUAAUCACUGUUUUCAUU